UUCCCCAGGAAGGGAUGCCUGGGCUGGUUGACACCCUUUAGGGGGGAAACCGCGGAGGGGCUGCGUGGUGCUGCUAGGUCCCUUCAAUUUCUGAGUUAAAACGGAUUUCUGGGUUUCGCCCAGAAAUAGGUCAGGAGAAAGCAAACGCCCCACUCAUUCAGUUUACUAAAAACACCCCAGGGAUGGAUCUGUCUCGAUUACAGUGGGAUAGAGUUCACCUGAAUGUUUUUCAAGACAGGGUCUAUCAGGGUAGCCCUGGCUGUUCUGGAACUCACACCUUAGACCGGGCCGGCCUGGAAUUGAGAGACCCACUGCCUCUGCCUCCUGUGUGCUGGGAUUAAAGGUGUGUGCCACCACUGGCCUCUUGUUAAGAUCUUCCUCCCAAAUAGCCCCGGAGAACACACCUGGAGUCAUACUCCAGUUGCCCAGGAAAGAUAAGAGAGGCCAUCCGCUUAAGCAGGACGUACGUAGUUCCUAAGUUUAUUCAUUCUUUCAAGCACAUUCAUUUUGUACCUCCUGCUGGACAAUCAGCUCCGGAGUAGCUGAUGUAAAUGUGGUCAUGCUUCAGGAAUCGCAAGUUGAUAUGAAUUCCAGUCAACAAUUCUGUUAUAAAAAUGUGCUUAUCCCAAAGUGGCAUGAUAUAUGGACACGGAUACAGGUUCGGGUAAAUAGUUCCAAAUUGGUCCGAGUUACCCAGGUGGACAAUGAGGAGAAGCUGAAGGAGCUAGAGCAGUUUAGUAUCUGGAACUUUUUUUCUUCUUUUUUAAAAGAGAAAUUGAAUGACACCUAUGUUAACGUGGGUCUGUACAGCACUAAAACCUGCCUCAAGGUUGAGAUGAUAGAGAAGGACACCAUGUACAGUGUCACUGUGACCCGGAGAUUUGACCCCAAACUCUUCCUUGUUUUCCUCCUCGGACUGACGCUGUUUUUUUGUGGUGACUUGUUGAGCAGGAGUCAAAUUUUCUACUAUUGCACUGGGAUGAGUGUGGGAAUCGUGGCCUCUCUCUUAAUCAUCAUUUUUAUGAUCUCUAAGUUUAUGCCCAAGAGAAGUCCCAUUUACGUCAUCCUGGUAGGAGGCUGGUCCUUCUCUCUGUACCUCAUUCAGCUAGUUUUUAAGAAUUUACAAGAGAUAUGGAGGAGUUACUGGCAUUAUCUUCUAAGCUACAUCCUCACAGUUGGAUUCAUGAGUUUUGCAGUGUGCUACAAAUAUGGGCCCCUGGAAAAUGAACGAAGCAUUAACCUGCUGACCUGGACGCUGCAGCUGCUGGGCCUGGGACUCAUGUAUUCCAGUAUCCAGAUCCCGCAUGUUGCCUUUGCUCUCAUCGUCAUUGCACUGUGCACUAAGAACCUGGAAUACCCUAUCCACUGGCUGUGCAGCACCUACAGAAGGAUGUGUAAGGCAUCAGGAAAGCCUGUCCCCCCUCGCCUCCUGACAGAAGAAGAGUAUCGGAUACAAGGAGAGGUGGAGACCCAAAAGGCUUUACAGGAACUCCGAGAAUUUUGUAACAGUCCGGAGUGCUCUGCCUGGAAGACCAUAUCUCGAAUUCAGUCUCCAAAAAGAUUCGCCGACUUUGUGGAAGGUUCUUUCCACCUCACGCCAAAUGAAGUUUCUGUUCACGAACAGGAGUAUGGAUUAGGGAGCAUCCUUACCCAGGAUGAGGAGCUGUCCUCAGAAGAGGAGGGCUCAGAGUACCCCACUUUCACACAGAACAAUUUCUUGACUUAAAUAGCAGUUCGUUGUUUUCAUAUAGACUGGCAUGGUACCUUGGUGUGAUCCUCAUUGUAAGUGCUGUGCGAUUCUCCCAGGCUUUUAUAACAGCCUGGAGCGGGUGCAGGAGUUCGGCUGGAAUGAGGGGCUGAGUGGGUUACCCUCUGGCAGUACUUUUGGUGUGUACCUCAGGCUGGUCCUCUUCGAGGAAAGAGUGGCGGAGGUGGUGAGGGCUGCGGCAGCUCGCUUCUGACAGUUGAGCACUUGGCCCACUUUGUGGUUCCUGAAGUCAGUUUGCCCACAGCAGUGCAGCUCCUGUUUGAAAGUGUGCUGAGUUCUGGCAACUCUGUCACGGGGACAGACCCUCAAAAAUGAGUAUUAAGUGCAGUAAUGCAUUCAAAUGGAGGCUGCAUCUUUUAAAGAGAAUCUAUAAGUCUGAGCCAUUUUUUACUUCUGUCUGCUCUAUUUCACUGCAUCCUUAUAAUAAUCCUGAAUGAUUUAAAUAUUGAAGAAAAAAAUAGAUUGUUACCUAUCUUGUUUUUUAAACAAAUAUAUUUUUUUAAGUGCAAGAAAUUCAUGUUCUUUAACCAAUAAGUGCUCCAGAGUACAAACCCUACUGACCCCAGAUAUUUAUUGGUACCCAUGAAACCCCUGGAGCUGCUGCCGCUGAGCCUUGAAUUCUCACGAGUCUGAUUUUUAGUUUGCUUGCAUUUAGGAGAACGUCUGCUGCCCUUCUGUAGGUUUGGUUUCCUAAGCUUUUUAUUAUAUUUGACAUUGGCUUUUUUUCUUGCCGUUUCUCAUCACUGACUUUUCCCACUCAGGAAUGGUGUGUCCCCUUACCUGUGGAGUAUGCACAGUUGAGAAUUUGUCUCAUUUUCUGAUUUGCCGCUGCCUCCUUCCUAACACCGAGGUUCCUCCACAUCUCCUGCUGUGUACCUCAGACUGCUUGAGAGUCCCUGUGCAUCUGGUAUUUCUGUUUUGACUUUUCCUUCUGGGUUGGGGCCUGCUGCUGUACCUCAGGUUGAUCCCUUCACCUUCGACUUUACACUGCUAGAAUUUUAAGCCUGUGCUGGUGUACCAAGCUUCUUUUUUUCUUCUGUUUUGGUUUUCAAGACACAUUUUCUCUGCAUAGCCCUUGCUGUCGUGGAACUUGCUCUAGAGAGCACAUUAGCCUGGAACUCACAGAGAUCCACCUGCCUCUGCCUCUGCCUCUGCCUCUGCCCUCUGCCAAGAAUGUUGCCACUGGCUGGCAUGUCAAAUUUCUUGUUUCUUAUAUAUAAAUAUUCCCCUUACCUUGAUUCCUACAUUAUAGCUAGGCAGAGACGUCUUAUUUACACCCUUCCCCCCUAGUCAGAUCACACACCUUCUGAGUUACUAUAGUCAGGAAACUGUUCCAGGGCUGGGAAUGUAGCUCAGUGGUAGAAUGCUUACUGGUUCAGCAUGCAAGGCCCUGAUUGGGUCGCUAGCACCACAACAAAACAAAAUCAACCUCAUCUCCUUGUUCCUUGUCUUCUUUUUAUAUACUUAUUCUAUUCAUUCAGCCUUCCUAACAACCAGCAUGCUCCCAGAUCUUAUCAUUUAUAAGCCUUAAACAACCAUCUGUUAAGUUUCUUUCUAUGCAAUUUUAGUUUUGUAGCUGCCACACUUUUCCACGGCAGAGAACAGACCUUCAGGUGUACUGCCUGCCUCUGGUGCCCAUUCAGCUGUUAGCAUCAGCUACAUCCCCUGAGUUUACUAUACUUACUUACAGUUCCAUUUCUGUAGAGACGCUGCCUCUGCAGUGAUGUUAGCUUCAGAAUCCCUUGCCUUUGCAGAUCUCUUAGAAGCUGGCAGGAUCAUUUACGAGGGACAGACUCUCAAGUUUCUGCCGUUUGCUUGGUUCUUUCAUUGUGAUCUUCACCACUGCACUGGAGGCAGUGUGUAAUGUGUGUAAUUCCUUCAGCCAGGGAGGUCGGUGCUCACUCAGGAAUACAGCAUCAGACUCAUUGUCUUAGGAUCAUCGAGGAGGAAGGUGGUAUUUUCAGGAAGCUCUUAGGGCUUCUUCAGACCCGCUUUUAACAUGUAAUUUUGGAAGACCCUGGGCUUUACUGCUAGCAUCCAAAAUGUCAGCUGAGACACCUCUCCAGGUGGCCAGUUAGUUAUUUCAACCAAUGUUCCCCAUAGCCUUAAAUUGUCCUAAAGUGACAACUACCUCACUUGGUAGAAGGUGACAGAAAAAUGAGCAAUAUCUGAGCUGUGGUUAGAGCUGCAGGGUACAAGAAACUUUGUAACGGAACCUUUUUGUCUUUGUGAAUUAUGAAUACAGUAAAAUUUGUCUCUUUUCAAAGAACUUGAAGCUCCUGAAGAGGUGGGAAUGCACCUCAGAGGCAGUAAGUGCUUGUCCUGGGGGUGCAGGCUGGGCAUCCCCCAAACAAAGCCCACCACUAACAACAAAAGCCUUCAGAAAUUUAUACCUAGUAUAUUUUAGUGUAAACUCAGUUAUACAACUUUUGUAGGUCUUGGGAGACCUUCAUGCCUGUUUCCCCAAAUCACUCCUUACGGAUGGUAGCUUGCUAAAGGGGAGGAGGCUUUUGACUUCUUCUUUUAAUGAGAAUUCACUGUAAGUGACUUUGCUCUUCUGUGGGUUGACUCCCUGUGAAAGACAGAUUUCUUUUCAAGGCCAUUUUUUUUAACUGUAUUUGAAUUUGGGGUGAGCAAAGCAAGCUCAUUUUCUUACCCCUGCCUGGUAGUUGGAGAAGUGAAUGCUGAGAGAGCUGCUUCAGACAGUGAAGGACAGACGGUGGGUGCCUCUUUUGUAUGCUGUGUAUCCUUGGCCUGCCUGCCUGCCUGCCUGCCUGGGUGGCUCCGCUGGAUGCUUCUGAGCCUCUGCGUGCCCAGACACUGCUUGAGUCAGCUCAGUCUCAUCCCUCAGAAUGAGCGCAUCAAGGACUGAGGGAGAAGUGGAGUGAGCUGGAGCCAUGAGCGCUGCGUGCCAGCAAUCAUCGACCCAGAAGCUGGUUCCAGGACUGGGGGUCUUGAUGGUAUUGGAAAUGCAUUGCUUCUAAUGGCUCUGACCUGAGUUCAUAAAACAUGACUCCCGUUAAUGGGAACAUAAGAGGCAGCCAGCAUACAACUUUACAGUUUUCCUUUCCUCAUGAGAACAUACUGAUCAAAGCCAGGAAAAGUUUAGCAACUUUGAUAACUUGGUUACCUUGAAAUAAGAAAGAGCUAGUUCCCCGCCCAUUCUUGUUCUCUCAGCAGAGGGUGGUUUUGCCUGAGAUGGCUCUUUGGGUCCCACUGUUCCAUUUUACCAUAUGACCGCCCAUUCAAGGGCAUGGCCCUCUGUGAGUCAGUUGUGUUCUCUUUAGCCUACUUUACUUGGGUGAUUGAGGUUUGGUGAAUAAAAGGACCCAAAUAGGCCAGAGAAUUCCCCCAGGCCUCGAUACCUGUGAAGGAUUUGGGAAUGGGUUACAUAAUUGUUGAAAGGUGUGCUGAGAUGGAUCCCAUAGUUAAAAUGGUCCUUAGCUGUGCCCACAGCUCUUGUGGACUGAGUGGUACAAGUUGUAGUGUGCAGACAGGAAAGUAAUGCCUUCUAGUAUUCCCGUGGACUUGGGUCCAAGAUGGGUGCCUGCAUUUGCAUGCUGAGAGUACAGGGCAGGCGUAUGGAGCAGUAGCCUUGCACUUUACAAGUAUGUCUAAAUGUUUGUGCUUGUAGUCUUAUAGCAGAGAUUAUUUCUUUGGGGGAACAUAGGCAGUUGAGCUAACCCAGUGGCAUCUUCGUGACUUGAUUAUGGAUUCUGUUGCUGUUGGAGACCAGAUGGUGACUACCUCGAAAAGGAGGUUUGGAAGUCAGGCAUGGUAAUUAGUGUCCGCCUGAACUUGGAAGGCUGAAGCAAGGGGACAGACCACUUGAGUUGGACAUUGUCAACAGUGGGGACCCAUACAUGGCAGGCCCUAGAACCCACUGGGAAUAAGCAAAGCACAUGGAUACCCUUUAACCUCAGCGGGGACAGAAGUGGUCACAUAGACUCAGACAUGGGGCUUUGGGCCACAAGUGUCUUCCAUGUGUCAUUUUUCUUUGACAUGCUCUUAUCUCCCCAAGGUAUUGUUUAGAUAGGGCACCACUCUGUAGCCCAGGCUGUCCUGGAAUUCAAUUUAUUUAUUACCCAGGCUUGUCUACAACUCACAGAAGCCCUGCCUCAGCCUCCUGAGUGCUGGGAUUACAGGCUUGAGCCACCCAGCCCAGCUUCCUCUUCACACUCUUGGUGUUAACUUGAAAAUGUUGAGUUCAUUUGUUAGAACUUGUGGGCAGCAUGGGCAGCACUGCCAUGACAGAUCGUCCCCAGCGUGAGCCUUAAGCCGGUUACAACCUGCACUGGCCACUCUCCAUGUCUGUGGGACUGUUCCUGAAAUAACAGGGCUAAGAAACUACUAGAUAAGUUAUAGCCUGUGGGCAAUGCCUUAGUGUUAUUUAGAUAAAAUAUUUGUUACUGAUACUUAAUACACGGUAAGGGAUGUUCAGAAAGAACAAAAGUUUUCAGGGAUGUCUGUUUGCUGUGCGUCUUCUACAUUUGUGUAAGAAAACCUGAUGCCAUGUAGUUUUUUAUUUCUGUUGUGACUUGUAAAUAAUCCCCAGUUUAAUAAAGUUUUAUACAAUG